CAGGUUUGUGCAGAACCGACACAGGCACAAGCAUUACUUGCUACAUAAGGCAACUCUCAAGGCUCAAUGUUCGAGAUCUGAAAUAAUUCCGUUUACAUCUGGAUAUGAUCUCGUCUUCAGCGAGGAUCACAAAGAGCCUGAUAUGGAACACAGUUCAUUUUUGGAAGCGCAGCUAAGACCUAAAUAGAGACGUGCGAUGUUCGAACUAAGGAGUGGGUCCCGGUUGUGACAAAAUAGUUCUAGACCAACAUAAACAGUGCCAAGCAGAAUGAAAAGAAAAUUUAAAUAAAAACCUAUCUCUAUCUAAUGUGUAAGGAUUCUUCUCAUAAAAAUUAAUUCAAAACCGUGCCGGAUAUUUUACAAACAUUGUGAUACGGUGAGCGGGAGACCUCCACAGUAAACACCAGACGAUAAUCUCUUCACUCCCGUUUCCUCUCGGUGUCGGUGAUAAUCUCUCCACUCCCGUUUCCUGUCGUUGUCGGUGAUAAUCUCUUCACUCCCGUUUCCUGUCGGUGUCGGUGAUAAUCAACCUCAAACAAUGACGGAUACGUUUGUCAGCGGGUUCAGUUAUUUCUUCCAGGCGGCCACCGACAGCAACGCCACGGGCUUGUAAGUAUAGCUGGUCCCUUGGAGAACUGUGUGGCGCAUCAUUUAUAAAAGUUCGCUGUUAGAUCGCACAUCUGAAAAAAGGGGUUGGGGGGGGGGGAAGAGUAGGAAAAAUAUUUCAUAAUACUGUGUGGCGCAUCAUUUAUAAAAGUUCACUGUUAGAUCGCACAUCUGAAAAAAGGGGUUGGGGGGGGGGGUAGAGUAGGAAAAAUAUUUCAUAAUCACCAGUAGUAAAUUCUGGGAGUUUUUUUUUUUUUUUUUUUUGGGGGGGGGGGGGGGGUUGGAGUGCGUCGUGAAUGAUAAUGAUUUGUUUUAAUAGUUCUUAAAAUAUGAUGGUGCCGUCUUGAAAUUUGAAUGUAUGUGUUAAGAAUGUUGAAAGCAUCAUGACAUUGGUUUAUAACUGUGAUGAAAUGAACUCGAUUUCUUCUCUAAGUAACCAAGGGUAGCAAUGCUAACUGACCCCAUCAUGGGCGUAUCUAAGGAGUACCCAGAGGCGGAUAAAAAUCGAUAAUCAGGGCAUAUAAACAUAACGAUGCACAAGAUAAUGAAUUGUUGAAUACAUUUAAGUGACUAUUAAUUAAAAUACCCCACCUCCACCCCCCUCCGCAUCAACCUCACCCCCUAAAAAAAACAACAAAACAAAAACAAAGAAAUAAGAACAAUCUCAGAGAAGCACCUAUUGUUAAACCCCCAGUUAUAAAAUAGUUAGCUUAUCCCCAUCAUUUAUGUGCAUACGGCAAGUGCUUUAAUGUAGCAUCAAGAUACUGGCCUCCGCUUGGUUGAAACAGUUCAUUUCUAGUAGAAAGUUAACGACGUUGAAACUUUUAAUGACACAGUACCAUGAAAAUAAAUGUUUGUUUUAUAAUUUUUUUUAUAAUUUAAAAAAAAAAAAUUUUUUUGGCCUUUUAAAAAAAUUAUGUUUUUUGAUGAGAAACAUAUUUAAGCACGAGUAUAUUUUCAGUGAACCGUGUGUCAGUAGCAUAGACCCUUACAAGUUCUAUCAGUUUUCACUCAUACCAGCGGUAAGUUGACUUAUUAGUGGUAGUGGUGUUGUUUGUGGGGUCAGGGGGUGGGACAAGGUUUUUUUAUAUGGGGAAGGGGGUGAUAACCAUUCGCCGAACAUGCCUAAAUAUAAAGAAAAAAUUGCCACCCCUUGAGCACCCCCCUUCCUACUCCACGGAUGAAAGACUAUCGACAUUUCAAUACUAACGCUUUCAUACAGGAUUGGUUUAUCAAUAAAUAUUUAGUAAAUAAAAUUGUUGUACAUGUAUAAAACCUUUAGGGCGGGUAUAAAAAAGUAGUGUUAAGCCCAUUGAACAAAAAGACACUAACACUGAACACCCAGACAAGGGAGCAAAUGAAAUUUAAAUUGUGUAUUAACUUAAAUGUACAUUUACUUCCCUUUAAUGUCUACACAUUUAAUAAUGCUAAACUAUUUAAAUUAUACUAUCUGGUAUUUAACUGAAAAAAAAAAAAAAAAAAAAAAAAAAAAAUUAAAAUCAAAUCAAAAGAAACUUUUAAAAAAGAGCCAAUUUUGUUUCGUAUUUCAGUGCCUGCUGACACUGCUCAUGGCGGCCACAACUGUUAGAAGAAGAAUUUUGUUAGACUUUUUGAAUGGAAGACCUGGACUCUUGUUGUAAGUAAAAAAAAAAAAACAUCAACAAGUUUGGGGAUUACUUAGGAAUUAGUAUUUCAGGCAUUUUAUCUCUGAUUUCUUGUUUACAACGAGUAUAACUUUCGUAAACAAUAAACGUUACUUUUAUAAUUCUAUAACCCACUAACACAGUCACCCAAAAAAAAUUAAUAAAAAAAAAUUUAAAAAAAAUUACCUAAUAUUUCCUACCUUAAAUGGACCCAUUACGGCCAUCAGAGUGUGUUUUUUUUUUACUAAAAAUGUUCUCUAGCCCAAUGGACACACUGACACGUGAAUGAAACAAUAAUGUUACUAUGUAUUUGUCCAGCCCAAUGGACACACUGACACGUUCCUCAAAAAUCUCAUACGCCAGUGCAUUUGGUGCUACUGCGUUUGUCGUCUACCAGAUUUCGAUUCAGCACCAGUUCGCCAUCGAUUACUCGGGAGCACUGGCCGUAUCAAGUGAGCUUCAUUAAAGUUGACAAUGUCAAUGAUAAAGUUGACAAUAUCAAGGAUAAGGUUGACAACAUAAACGAUAAAGUUGACAAUAUAAAUAAUGAGGUUGACAAUGUCAACGAUAAAGUUGUUAAUAUUAAUGAUAAUGUUGAUAGUAUAAAUGAUAAAGUUGACAAAAUAAAUGAUAAAGUUGACAAUAUGCAUGAUAAAUUUGAACAUAUAAAUGACAAAGUUGACAAUAUAAAUGAUAAAGUUGACAAUAUAAAUGAUAAAUUUGACACAUAAAUGAUAAAGUUGGCAUUAUGAAUGAUAACGUUGACAAUGUGAAUGAUAAAAGUUGACAAUGUAAAUGAUAAAGGUUGACAAUAUAAAUGAUAAAGUUGCUUCAAUAAGAAUUUUUUCUAUAAAUUGUUUGACAGUUAAUAGACGUCAUCGAUGAACCAACAGCUAUUUCUUAAUUUAGUUUAACGUUUCUUGCGCAAACCUUUUCGGGUUUAUUCUAAGAAUUUAAUUUUUAAGAUCUUUUCUAACAGACGCCACACAGCCUUCAACAAUAUUUUUGGUACUUGCACUCCCUACCAUAUUAUUAUUUUUUUCUCCCACACUGCCAGCGUUGAUGGCCAUUUUCUCCAUGAUCAUCUACGGCAUCGUCUUCUUCCCCGUGUUCGCUUGCCUGGCACUGAACACCGCCUUCUCCUUCGGGAUCGGGGCACUGUACGUGUGGAUGUUCUUCGUCGUGGACCUGUACAGACUCAGCGAGUGCAGCUUUACGCUGGUAAAUGGACAGCCACUGUUCUUAACUUAUGACAAACAGCAACAUCCUCAUAUAGCAACAACGGUAGAUGAAGUUAAAGAUUCACGAGCUUUGUUUGGACAGUGGGUCUGGGAACGCCAGACACGGGGCACAGUCACAGUUGUAGUAGUAGUAACACAAAUAUGUAAAUAGCUGUCUCAAGAGUCUCAAAUCUUCAAAAAACUGUCUCCAUUGCUGGCGUUCACAUACACUGAUUCCCCCGGCCCCCUUCUGAUAUCAAGAUAAAUGAAAAAAAAAAGCUACCCAUGAAAAUGAUGUAUAUAUUAGCACCUAAUUUUAUGCUGUCUCCUUACUGCUAAUAAAUUAUUCAGUAGAACAAUUUUAAAACAAAUAUAAAUUUAAGGUCAUUAUAUAUGACUAUCUUGCCCAUUAUAUAUGGCUAUCUUGCCCAUUAUAUAUGGCUAUCUUGCCCAUUAUAUAUGGCUAUCUUGCCCAUUAUAUAUGACUAUCUUGCCCAUUAUAUAUGACUAUCUUGCCCAUUAUAUAUGACUAUCUUGCCCAUUAUAUAUGACUAUCUUGCCCAUUAUAUAUGGCUAUCUUGCCCAUUAUAUAUGGCUAUCUUGCCCAUUAUAUAUGGCUAUCUUGCCCAUUAUAUAUGACUAUCUUGCCCAUUAUAUAUGGCUAUCUUGCCCAUUAUAUAUGACUAUCUUGCCCAUUAUAUAUGACUAUCUUGCCCAUUAUAUAUGACUAUCUUGCCCAUUAUAUAUGACUAUCUUGCCCAUUAUAUAUGACUAUCUUGCCCAUUAUAUAUGACUAUCUUGCCCAUUAUAUAUGACUAUCUUGCCCAUUAUAUAUGACUAUCUUGUCCAUUAUAUAUGACUAUCUUGCCCAUUAUAUAUGACUAUCUUGCCCAUUUGGCGAAAUUAAUCGUUUUUGAAAAAGGUUUAUUACAUGGGUAAUUGGGACUUUCUGGAGUUUUUUUUCUUCCCUAAACCUCUUCAGAGAAGAAUCGAAGUGGGAUAACCGAAGUGGGACAACCAAAGUGGGAUAACAGAAGUGGGAUGCCAAAGGGGGACAAGUGAAGUGGGACAAUCAAAAUGCGACAAUCAAAAUGGAACACCUGAAGUGGGAUAACCGAGGUGGGAAAACUGAGGUGGGACAACUGACGUAGGACUAAAACUGAUCUAAGAAUUUAGCCUCACGACUCCGCCUCGAUGACUAUGACUCCAUGACUCCAUGACUCGGAAGCUGAAAUCCACGUCGACGCAUUCAAUUUUAAGCUUUAAGCGACGCCAACUCAUUCUGUUUAAAUUUCCCCACCUCUAGUCAGGCCGGGCCGUGCUAUUCGUUAGGAGGCUGCCUAGCCUGGGGUGUCUCGCCUACCUCAGCAUCACCCUGCCCGUGAGAUUCGUGAUUGCCUUGCAGAAGCGGAAGUACUUCAAGUCGAACCUGGGGGAGAGGCCCCCCGACGAGACGCUAGAGGCCAUCAGAAACUCCUACCAGGGUCAGCAUGUGAGAAAACUACUCACGAAACCGGAGAUAGUCAAGUAAGUGAAAGUAAAGGGGCGCAACUUGAUGAGUCUGUGGAUUUGGACGAGUGACAAGGGGGCGCCAUCAUAAAACAAUAUCUGCGUCAUUAAUUUGAUAAUUUUCUUUUAAUUUUCAUUAUAACUGUAAAUACCGUAUUCAAAGCAAGCUUUUAUUUGGGUAUUGCUGGGUGCUAAGGGAUUAUUUUACCCCCAUACCCUAAAUACACAACGACAUGUAUAUAUGUAUUUAAAUUAGUCCUAUCAGAAUAUUACAUCACGACAAAAACUUUAUUAAAUCGAUUUUUAAAUGAAAGUUAUGAAACUUUUCUAAAACAUUUAUUGCAGUUCAACAAACGCAAGUAGCACUGUUACCAUGUCGAUUCAAAAUGCCUUUACGCCUGAUUCAUUUUCCCCUGUUUCUGACGUUGUUCUAAUGCUCAGAUCACAUGAUCGAAUUUUCAUCCAAUUUUCUUCAAAUUUGCGUCAAAUUUCUUUUUGAACGCACUAUUUUGUUGUAUUAAAUAGUGCGCUCAAAAAGAAUUUUGACGCAAAUUUGAAGAACAUGUGAUCGUGUGAAUUUAGCAUUGAUAAAACAAAAAUUGCAGUGUUAAAUUGAAGAUAAUUAUAUUAGAUAUACGCAGGAAAUGGAUUACGGUUAAACUUAUUUUCCUGUGUUUUUAGAGAGCCAGAGGGCAUGAAGAAUGUCAUAAAAGCGUUUGUGAUGGAAAAAAUACACAGCUGGAUUUAUCACAGAGAAAAGGGUGAGUAAGAUUUUUAAAAUUUUAUUUAACAUUAGCAUUUCUUUUUGGCUUUGAAUGUUGAGAAUUGUUCGAUAGCGUUGAGCCACGAUUUCUCUAAAGAGUUAUCAAGGUGUUGAAAAAAAUGUACCUGAUGAUAUUUUUAUUAGAAAGUUAAGUGGAACUUUGAAGUACAGACUCAGGGAUGUAUGCAGUUUAAAUACUAUUGUUUCCAAGUCUUUGUUAAAAAAAAUUGAAAGAUUUUCAUCUAGGCAGUCAAAAUUUAUUAAAUUUAAAUACACUAAUUAUUCUAGUUAAAUCCCUGAAACAUUAAAAAAAGUCUUAUUAUAAAACAUUUUGUCUUUUAAAAACAAUUCUGUUUACAAGUCUUGCUUUUAAAACACGACAGGCUUUAGGUAUCCUGCAAGGAUUCUCUCUGUGAUGUUUGUUGCUGCCUGUGUUGUCUAUGUGGUAAGUUAUGGAUGUGAUAAGUUGUAGGUGUGAUAAGUUGUAGGUGUGGUGAGUUGUGUACACUUGGCUGGUUGUUUUAUGUGGAAGUUGUACAGAGUCGUGUGUUAUAAGUUGUGUCUGUUGUAACUUAUAUGUCUGAUUUGUUGUGCUUUUCCGUAAGAUGAGGGUCGGUCUCAAGAAGCUUUGUGAACUUAAAUACUCAAAAAGGAAAGUAAAACAAGUUAAUAGAAUUAAAAACUUUAAUUAGUUGGAUAAAAAAAAUAUGGAAAUUAUAAAAAUGAUAGACGUUACUUUUUAUUAAACAAAAUGUACUUUAAAAUAAAAAUGAAGAAAAAAAGGAGAACGUUAUUUUAAAGUGUGCCAUACAUAUUUAUUAAUCUCUUUUCCUUGUGACAUUUAUUAUUUUAAAGUCAUUUUAAAAAUUCAAUUUUACACAAAAAGUUUAAACGAAUCUUUAAUGAAAUAAAACAUUAACACACGAUUGGCUUUUAAAAAUUUAACUGAAAUAAAAAUACGAGUUUUGAAAACAAUAAUAUGAAAAUUAUACGAACAGCCUGACAUUCUUUGUAGUUUUUAAGGCUCUAUCUACUAUGCACUUCGUUUAAAUUCGUUCACUUGAACUCCUUGGGGCUUAUCGUCUCCCCCCCCCCCACACGCCAAUGACAUCUUGGCCAAACCAUUCAACGAAGACACGUUCGCAGCAUCGUGUCACAUUCUGUGCCAGAGAACACGCCGUUGUCUGACUUACACAGUUCGUACACGGCACUGCAGCUCAGUUUAGUGGUCGGGAUAUCCCCGGAAACAAGUGCAGUCAUGAUGGCAAAGAGCACGAUGGUAGCCAGCAAGAUGUGGUAGAUCCCCAUUGCGCCUUGAGAUUAAAAAAAAAAAAAUGGAUAUAGAUGUACAGUUUACUGAUUGAGAAACUUAUUAUUAUUUUUUUUUUAAGUAUUAAAAAAAAUAUUUUCUAAAGUCUUGGCAAAGAAAGUCACUGUCUAGUGACCAUUAGUCAAUAGUCCAAUUACUGAAAGUUGAUACAAAAAUGAUAAAUUGCUAGUUUAUUUCCCCAUAAAAAUUCAAAUCUCGGAAGUUCUCAAGCGUCAAGCAACCCCUGCCAUAUUGUCAGGCAAACCACGACAUAUUUUUAGUACCGCUGGUUCUAAACAAUUAUAACGACGGGCACAUUAAAACACUUUCUACAAAAAAAAAAAAAAAAAAAAAAAAAAAAAAAUUAAAAAAAAAAAAAAAAAAAAAAAAAACAAAAAAAAAAAAUCCUGCCAUAUUGUCAGGCAAACCACGACAUAUUUUUAGUACCGCUGGUUCUAAACAAUUAUAACGACGGGCACAUUAAAACACUUUCUAAAAAAAAAAAAAAAAAAAAAAAAAAAACGUGAUUCUAUGAAUAAUGCUAAUAUACGUAGGCCUAAUUGAAAUGUCUGUUUAAAAUAUGGCGUGGUUAUCUAAAUGAGGUAACCUCACGUUAGCUUAAAAUCAUCUGCUAUUUCCACGCACGUACGAUCAGACAAAUUCCAACAGCUCUAUGAGAGAAUAAACACCAAAUUUUUUGGAAACCGCAAAGAUAUCACAACCUCAUAUAAAUAAUUGGUGCUGCUAAUACUAAACUCUCGACUGUUGUAUUUUACUAUUUAUAAAACUAGUGAGACACACACGUAGCAGCCAGCAUAGUAUGUUAACGAUUGUCACAGAUGUUAAACUGAAUGAUGAAAAAUGUAUGUUAUUCCCAGAACGCAGUACCUUGUCGAUGUAUUUAUGUUUACAACCAACCGUUGAAACAAUAUAAUAAACUCCGGAAUUGUUCAGGAAAUUUAAAAAAAAAAUGAAUCUAGCAAUAUAAACAUAUCAACUCUCUAAGUUGACCUAUUUUUCCACAUGGUUCCACUAUUUGAGUGCGACUAGCGUAGUAAAGGUGUUCAAACGUUUUGAUGUCUAAGAGCAUCACAUUUCAUUACAUGUCACAGCUUGUUUGCGUCAUCUCCAAUGUGUUUUAUUUCAAAUUGCCCGGACGUGACCAGUUGCUGAUUUGAAUAUGUGCUCACACUAUGCAGGAUGCGCUUUUAGGUCGACGGUCCUCAAAUCCCCUUGGCAUCUCAAGUUAAAUUAAAAUAACGUAACAGAGGCGACCCUUCGGCGUCAAAAGAUACCAUCGGCCUUUUGUUUCAGCUCUAACCCUCCCCAUCACCCCCCCCCCCCCAUCCCCCCCCCCCCCCCCCAACCGGAAUAGUGAAAUCCCAUCGUCACUUUGGGCCUGGAGAACUAACUACUUUGUCCUUCUGUGGCUAGAAAACAUUUUGUUCUUUCGUUCUAAAUAUCCCGGGCAAUAGCUUUUUUUAAAUUUAUGGCUGUGAGAAAAUCUUUGACAUGAUUCAUUUCCUGUUUAUGUAAUUGAAGCGUAGAAUCCAUGAUUUUAGAGACAUAAAUCACACUGUGAACUUGUAGCAAGACUUUUUAAGGCCACUAAUGCUGCACAAAAUAAUUUUUAUUUGAAAAAAAAAAAAUGAAAGCGUUGACAACGCAACUCAUGUGCGCUGAAUAUCUUUUUUUUUCCUUUCGACAAAAUCUUUAACUCUAAAUUACUUUCAUAGGUUUCUAUGAUUUAACCCCAACCACCCGUAGGCCAACUCAAACAGUUUGGUGCGCGUGUGUACUCGCAACAAGAGACGCUGCAGUUAAUCAUGGAAAUUUUAGCAAACCAAAAUUAUGUAACCGACAUGCUACACCUGCUACACCUUGUUAUGUGGUUGCUAAUGUAAACAAAACAAAAAACCAACGAAUGAACGCUGUGCCUCUUAAUGGCGGCAUGGAAAAUUGUGUUGUAAGGGAAAGUCAGAUCUAUUAAUUUUGUUUAGAGGUAAUGAUCUAAGAUAAUUCAUAAAAAAUUAUUUAAAAAAUUAAAUUUAAAAGAAAAGCUAUUAAAAAAACCUAGUGAAGAGUGAUAUAUCUAGAAUUGCCGAAGGUGGUAGCAGACGCGUAGCUGAGAGGGGGGGGGCAGAUGUCCCUGGGCGCCAGACUAGUUAGCGGCGCCAAAAUGUGCUUUGAUUUUAUUUUAUUGUUGAAAAUAAUGGGUUUGAGAAAUGAAAAAAAAAAGAGGGGGGCGCUUUAAACUGAAUCUUUUCCCAGUGCGCCAAACACUCUAGCUACGCCUCUGGGUGGUAGCUGUUCCGGGUGGAACUUUUUAAACCCAACGAAUAAUUCUUACUAACAAUAUGCAAUAGAUGUGUGUGUGUGUGUGGGGGGGGGGAGCACAAUCGUGGCAGUAAUCCAAAGUUGGCAUUUAGUUAAAGAUGCACCAUUGUCUGCCAUUGAAGUAAUGUAUCACAACAAUGCAACACUUUAUCUAUUGUGGCUGCACUUAAUUCAUUUAUGCAUAUUUCGGCUUCACAAUUAAAAAAGGACUAAACUACAACAGCAUUAAUUGAAAUAUACCGACCAGUAUUCUCGCUUGAAGCUACGUUAUGUUGAUAAAAGAAUGAGCAGACCUAUUUCCUUUCUCUCCAACAGAUCACGGUUGAGCUGACGGCAUAUUUCUUUAAGCUGUUCGGUCGAAUCACGACUUUUCUGGCCGCGGAUCUUGAUCUGAUUGGCUGGGAAGAACUGCCGGGGGAGAUGUCAAGCACGGCCACCGUCAGGAAGGCUUUGCUCUUUGCGUACUACGCUACAAGAACAAUUAAAUGUUAGUGGGCUGUUUUAGACAUUGCUUUAUUUAAAAUAUAAGCCUCAUUUAACCACUUAAACAGACUUGUUUUUGUUACUUGGUAGGAAAUGGUUCCGUAACAUUACCUAAAAAUGCAAGUAAAUUUUUUGCGUGUCGAAGCCUUUUCUGACACAUGGAAAAGGGUGUAUUUUUAGAAACAUAGCUACAUAAACACACACCAUGUAAACUACUUUGUUUGAAUUUUUAAAAAUACAUUUUAAAAUGCAUAAAUGCAUUGUUUAUUGGAAGAUACGUCAAAGUUUGGAAGAUUAAAAUGUUUUUAUCUUUAAAAAAAUGAAGCUUCAUUUAAAUGUCAACUUUUUAAGUCCGAUAUGCGAUUUAAAAUAUAAUCUUUUAUGUGCUUCAACAACUUUAACACAACACAGCAAGCAAAACACAACACAGCACAGUACAACACAGCACAAAACAGCACAGCACGACACGGCGCAGAACAGAAUAUCAAAACACAGCACAUUAUAGCACAACAAACACAGCACAAAAAGCACAACACAACACAAAUCAGCACAGCACAUCACAUCACAAUACAACACAGCACAAUAGAACACUGCAAAACACAACACAGAAUGACACGAUAUAAUACAAUCCAACACAACGAAGCACAACGCAACACAACACAACAUAAUACAAUGCAACACAACAGAACACAGCACAACACAAUACAAAACAACACAUCACAACACAAUACAUCGCAACACAACGUAACGAAACACAACACAGCAAAACGCACACAACACAAUACAACAAAAUAGAAGACAACACAGCACAUCACAACACAUGUGCAACACAGUAUAACACAACAUAGUACAACAGAACACAGCACAAAACAACAUAACACAGUACAGCACAGUACAAGAAAGCAAAACACGGCACAGCACAACACAGCACAGCACAACACAACGUAUUACAACACAACACAGCACAACACAACAAAACACAGUACACUACAACUCAACACAACACAGUUCCAAUGUUUUGAUUUAAAUUUGAAUUCACAUUUGUUAAAGCAAUGGUAAGCAGCCUUCAAAUAUUUAUCCAUUCUCAAAAUGAACGUUAGACAAUUAAAAUGUGACAACAUAUUUUUUCACGGCAUACAUUUGCCAACUUAUAGUUAAUUGUUUCGUUAAUAUGAACUUCAUAUCGUUCAUUAUAGUUUAAAAAAAAAUAUUUCAGACUCAUUGAUAGUCGCUAUCAUAUUGGCUUGCACACUUAGUUUCUUCACAAUACUUCAUAUGAUGUCUUCAUUUAGGUAGGUGGACAUGACGAUGGUGAAUAGGAAUUUUACUAUAGAUCAGAUAGUAUUUUAACUUCAAAUAAUUUAUUAUAACAAUAUGUGUAAUUGACAAGCUGUAUAUACAUGUUUAACUAAUAAAAUCGGUCACUUUCAAAUGUAAAUAAUAUAUAUAUAUAUAAGAAAAGUGAAGGGAAUGAUUAUCUGAGACAGGCUGACAUAUCUUGAUUAAUUUCCAGACUAGAUAAGACUUCUAAUCUGCUUGAAGCAACACGGAUUAAAUCAUGUUACACUUCAUCUCCUUGUCUCCAGGACCAAUUUGUACGCCAUGUACCGAGGAGAUUUCAGCACGAUACCACCGCCGGCUGACCAGGGACCAGUGUCGUUGUGUGUACGUUGUCCUCUAUAGAUCUAACACGCCGUAUGGUUUACAAUCAAUAAAUGUCAUGUGGUUCACAUGGUUUCAUAAUGAUAAUACAACAACCAGACCAGCGGGAAAGGACAAGUGGUGGGAGGAUGGGGGGGGGGGAUACAGGGUGCAAUCUUUAGAGGGCGUCGUAAUUGACAUUUCCAUGAAAAAUGUGUGUAUUUGGGAGAGGGCGCCAAAUUUCAGGGUACUACAAUGAAAGUUUUGAACAUGAAGACAUAACAAUGAUAAGAAUUAUGCAUGUUCAUUUGCCAUUGAAAAGUAUGAUAGCUGUAGGGCAGAAAUUAAAAUAUUUCUUUAUAGGAAUUAUACAUCAAACCAGUCACACUAAAGGUAUUUUCUGAUAUAACUAAACCGUUACAAAAAAAAAAAAAAAAAAAAAAAAAAAAAAAAAGAGAAAAAAAAAACAAUAAAAAAAAAAAAAAAAAAAAAAAAAAAAGAAUAGGGUAAAUAACUGCUGUUAUAAACAAAUAAAUUCAAAUUUCAACAUCUGAAUAACCGAUUUCAUAAAUUGGAUGAGAUUUUUCUUUCAGACAGGCAGCAUCAAGUACGCCGGUUAUCAAGUGGCUUACUUCGUCUGGGGUAGGCGUAAUCUACUUACAUUCAAUCAUGUGUUAAAAUAUUUGCCUACGCCCCACCCCCACCUCUUCGAAGGUUCACGAGAAAACACACAAUUAAACACCAAAUUAUGGAGGUCUUCUCAUUUAUUUACUUUAGAUUAUAUAAUCAUGGUUGCCUUCUCAUAUAUUUACUUUAGAUUAUAUAAUAAUGGUUGUCUUCUCAUAUAUUUACUUUAGAUUAUAUAAUCAUGGUUGCAAACUCAAGACGAGAAAGUUUACGGACAGGCAUUUUUAAUCCUCAAUAAUUUUUUUACUAAUAUAAUUUUUUCUUAUACAUUUAUUUAAAAGUGAACAAUUAAAAUAUCUGUGACCCAUAUCUCGAUCAAGUAAUAAAUCUAAGUUAUAUAAAUCAAACUGUUCUGUGUAACAUCAGUUUCAUUUAUUGGAAUAUCAACAGUGUUUAAUUUUCUCUGGCUUAGGACUGGUUAGACAAGCAUAAGCAAAGAAUAAGACAAAAGUGCUGAUAACUCCAUUUGUGUCUCACUUUAAAGUCCUUGAGCAAUGUCCGUAAAUUUAUGGACUCUUGGCAUCCCUGUGUGUAAAGUUAAAUUUAAAAAAAAAUAAAAAAAAUUUCUGUUCCUCUAUCGUUCUGGUAAAACGUCACAAGGACAAAUUUCGGUGAUCUCAAUGUAAAUCAGCUUGGAUGAUGAUCCCAUCACCUUUCCAUAACAUGAUGCCUGUGCUUUCAGCGUUCAUCGUGACCUUUGUGAUCAUCGCUUUGAUCUGCCUGGCUGUAUCUACCCUGAUCCACCUCUUCAUGUUCGAAGUCACUGAAUUUAUCGUCAACAAAGUCUUACAGUUAUGGUGAGUGGAGAUCUCAAUAAAGAUUUAAGAGAGAGGGGGGGGGACAACAAUCUUUAAUCACGGAAAAAUUAUCGAAAAAAUUUAUUUCAAUAAUUUUUAACAUGGGCCGAAGAAUAAAAUAGUUUUGUGAAUUUUUGCGGGGGUGAGGUAAGGGGGAUGGGGUCAUAAAAAGGGGGGGGGGAGAGGAUCAUUGGAUAAUUUUAAUUUUAAAUAUACAAUCCUGGACUAAGUAGUUAUAAUGGUUGUCAUAGAAUUCCUCAAGAAUGAUUUCUAAUGCAUAAGGGAAUACGUAAUAUGACCGAUGUCUAAAUUGAAACUUUCCGAACAUUUCUUUCCACAGUAAAUUAUUCAGAUUUAGACACAGUUCAACACUUCGUAUUCAACUUAAAUGUUUUAUUUUAUUUUUUAUCCAGUCAUAUAUUCAACUUCUAGAAACAUGGUUGAUUUUUUCCUAGAACGAAAAUAAAAUCUUGGUUUCACAAACAUACAUACAUAUAUAUGUAUAUAUAUAUAUAUAUUUAUAUAUAUAUAUAUAUUUAUAUAUAUAUAUAUAUAUAUAUAUAUAUAUAGUAAAUAAGUCUAAUAGGGUUAUGUUCUAAUUGCCAACUCGCUAAAAAGACGUUAAAAAACUGACUUCGUGAUCGCAUCUUAUUUCGACACAGAAAUAUUGUUUAAAAGUUGCUUUUGAAUAUUAUCAGUUAAAGUCAAACCUACACAGUCAACAUCUAACUGACUUGUAACUGAGAAGGGCGGGGUAGAUGAUGAGCCCCUUCAAGGCAGAGGCCGAAGAAGACCUGUCAGAGUAUUUGAUGUUCUAGAUUGAUUAGGGCCAAGUGAACUUAUGACUGCUAGCUUCCACAAUCAUUCUGUAUUUCCAAUCACAGGCCCAGUGUCGUGAUAGCCAUCGUGCUCAUGAUUGUCCAGUGGCUUUUGGCCAGGUAUAUAUUUCUCCAGGAGGAUGGUCAAUAUUUGAGACUGGACAACAGGUCAGUAGUCAUUGCAAUAAUGUCAUAAGCAAUACUUUGUUGUUGUUUUUUGAACCGUGCCUUUCUCAAGAUGUUAUAACGCCUUUUUUCAUCUUAUUCAAAGUGUCAUUUUCAAUAUUGCAAUUGUCUGUAUUAAUACAAGAUGAAUACGUCUGCAAAAAAAAAAAAAAAAAAAAAAAAAAAAAAAAAAAAAAAUAAAAAAAAAAAAAAAAAAAAAAAAAAAAAAAAAAAAAAAAAAAAAAAAAAAAAAAGAGUUUUUAAUGAGAUAUAAAUUAAAGGAUGCGAAUUCCAUAACAAUGCAACUUACUUUAGACGCCAGGGAAGUAGAUUUUAACGAUUCAAAUAAAAAAAAAAAAAACGAUUAAAAAAAAAAAAAAAAAAAAAAAAAAAAAAAAAGAGUUUUUAAUGAGAUAUAAAUUAAAGGAUGCGAAUUCCAUAACAAUGCAACUUACUUUAGACGCCAGGGAAGUAGAUUUUAACGAUUCAAAACAAAGAAAAUUCCUUCCCAUGAGCUGUUAGUGACUAUUGCAUAUGAAAAACUUAACUCGAGUUCAUGCUCUUAACGCUUGAUAGCUGUGGCUACGAUGAGCACUAUUUUGUUGUUGUUGCUCCACAAAUGAACCCAUAUCCUUGCCCAGGAAUAAUAACCUCUUGUUUUCUUAUUGCAAGAAAUUGUUCAUCUCACCAUUUAGCUACCGAAAGAUAAUAUUUGCUGAAGAGAUGAUAAACAUUGUUGAAAUAGAUGAUAAAAUUUGAUGAAAUAGAUAAUCGCAUUUGUUGAAAGAGAGGAAAACUGUUGCUGAAAUAGAUGAAAAACAUUUGUUGAAAUAGAUUAUAGCAUUUGUCGAAAGAGAGGAAAACUGUUGUUGAAAUAGAUGAAAAAAUUUGAUGAAAUAGAUUAUAGCAUUUGUCGAAGAUCUCCUGCUCACCAUCGAUAGAACAUUUGAUCAGAUCAUCAUAUUUGCCCUACCUACUCCAGGCGUUUCUACUUCGUGUUCACCUACUUCAUGUUCUUCUUCAACAUCUUCCUGGGGCUCGUCUCCUGCCUCCUGCGUAUCCUCAAGGCCAUUGGCGUGGGCACCUUGCUCCUAGCUCGGCUUGACAACAGCACGCUCCCGAGGAAAUUUGAAUUCUUCGACCCAGGUAAACAUUAUGAGGAAUGAGCACAAGUUGAUCAAAAUUUAAAUCUAUCUGAGAAUCGGAACACUAUUUGGAUAUUUAAAAAAAAAACUUACAUAAACAUUAAAAUAGCUAACAUUUAAACUUUAAAAAAUGUCACAGUUUAAUUAUCUAUCACAUUUACCGCACUCUAUGACUCUAAUUUUGCUAUUUCCUUUUUUAAAAAAAAUUGAUUUCAUAUAUUUAUUAACUUAUAAAUAAGCUGAGUGUAUUUUAAAAAGUCGUUUUCUAAAUAUAAAGAUUACGAUUUACAUUAAGAUUAAAACUCUAUUUGCUGCUGGUUCAAUUUUAUUUUCUGGCUCCGUAAUCGGCUUUAGUAAAUGUAGAGUAGUAAAUCUUGAGCUAUAUCUUUUACCAAAAGGUGAUUUUUUGCAACUCCGUGUACAGUGUACAGAGUGAAGAUAUUGGCCCUGGCUAUGUGGGUCUUAUUGAGCACAAAAGAAAUAACCAGAGCAAAAUUAAAUAGUUCUUAAAUUAGUUGAAAAACAAGACAAUAAGAAGUGCCUGUAUGUUCAAGAUGUCUGCGAUGAAUGAAAUUCCCCCACUGCUUUGCUACGCUACAUUUCGACCACCAAAAAGUACAAUUUGCCUAAUCUUCCAGGAUUCCAGGCUUACCAAGGAUUCAUCCACAUGGAGGCCGCACACACGCAUCCAGUUGUCAAUGUAUUCAUACGCAUCCUGGCCUCAAUGAGCAAAGCGCGGAAAGCCGGCAAAGUUGGAGACACAAGCGUUGAGCUGGUGCGCAAACAGCUGAAACAUGUUAGAACUGACAUUGAGAACGGACAACCAGGUGAAAAAACGUCCUUCAUGGCUUUAGCCUUUCAAGUAAAUAAAUAGAAAUACAAAAUGCAAUGCGUUCAUCCAUUUCAAAUCAUGUGCACUUUUUAUUAAAAUAUAUAAAAUAUAUAACAAAGAUACAUUAAAAUGUGACGUCCCAGUAGAGCACUACUUUCAAACAUUGCAAUGUGACGUCCCAGUAGAGCACUACUUUCAAACAUUGCAAUGUGACGUCGCAGUAGAGCACUACUUUCAAACAUUGAAAUGUGACGUCCCAGUAGAGCACUACUUUCAAACAUUGCAAUGUGACGUCCCAGUAGAGCACUACUUUCAACAAUUGAAAAAUGUGACGUCACCGUAGGGCACCUCUUUAAAACAUUGAAUGUGAUAGGGAGUGUAAAUAACGGNGGGGGGGGGGGGGGGGGGGACGGGACACCGCGUAAAGCACUGGGGCGCUUGCUUGUUUUGGGGAUUUGAAAAGUAUAAUAAUGUUAAAUACGAUAUCCCUACAUUCAUAGCAUAAAAACAGUUUUUGAAAGAGUUUAUAUAAAAGGAAUUGGAGGAAAAGAAUUUUCACUUUAAAAUUUUACAAGAAAAAAAAAAAAGAGAUUAAAAAAAAAAUUCAAUUGUUUACAGAAAAUAUAACUUCAGUUGUUUCUUUUCAACUAGUAACGAAAAUUGAUCAAGUGGAUAGUGUCAGGAAGAAACCAAUCAACCUGUCUGCGAGAUUCAACUGGAUGGUGACAUACACACUUUUACACAACCCCAGUGUAAGAGAAUAUAUUGAUAUUGUCCUUAUGAAACUGAGACGAUAAUACUAAGUGUCAAAUUUGACCUAAAAACCAACUUUUUUUUUUUCAUGAAACUCAUAUUUCAACAUUAUUUACUUAAUUUUGAAUAAAAUAAUUAAAAAAAAAAAAAGAAUAUUUGUACAAUUCAAAAAUUAAGUUGAAGUUCUUGUUUACAGUAGCAGAUAACACUACCUCACAACAAGUUGUUAUGACUUUAAAUGAAUUUUUUUAAAACAAAUUUUUUUAAAUCUGAGAUUUACACAAACACUUUCCACAGAUUCGAAUCCACCGGAAGGGCUACGUCCACGCCCUAAUGAAAGCCAGAAAAGAGGGGCGCAAAAUUCCAAUCAGCGACCGACCGAUAACAGUCAUGGACAGCCUGAAGACAGACGAGGAGAGAGAACGAGAGCGACACGAAGAGCUCAAAAAGAUCAAACCCCUCGGCCCCGUGAGGAGUGCGAUGAACUACGUCCUGGGCAUCGCCCCUGACGGCACGCCAAGGCACAGCGGGGGGAGCGCCGACGCCACCGGAAGUGUGUCUUGGGUCAAGAGGCGGCAAAUGUUGAGACGCAGAAAUGGCAAGGCGAAAGGUGAGACCGUCUCGGACGACGACGACGGCAGCAGCGACACCGACAGCGAAGGGGCUGUCAGUGUCCAGACGAGGCAAGUGAGCCUAGAGUUGAAGGACUCCGAGGGGCAUGUCAUUGUUUAGAUGGACUGCUCGGAGUGCCUAGAAUAACAUGACGUUGUACAGCCUGAUUUUUUUCAGUUCCAGGAAAUGACAUUUCAUCGUUAAGUUUAAUUGCUCCUUUCACCCAAAAUGACAUGUCAUUGUUUGUAUAGAUUGUUCAGAAUACCACGUAAUGACAUGUCAUUGUUUAGAUUACUUUAGAUAGAUUGUGUGUUCAGAUUAGCAAAAAAAAAAAAAGAAAAGGAAAUUUCAUUGUUUAGAUAACUGACGAUGGAUUGUUCAGAAUACCAAAGGCGACAUUUCAUUGUUGAGUGCAUUGAUCAAGCAGAGUAGGACAUGAAACUCUAUUAUGUGAGAAAGUUUUGGAUUGUGGAGUUGCAGGCUUUGAGAAAAUGUCUCUUUCUUCUAAAUGGUGCCUUGUCACCGAGCUUAAUCUUCGCAAAAAAAAAAACAACAAAAAAACAACAACAAAAAAAACAGAGGGAUUAAAUAUUUACUGUUGUAAGUUAUUUCGCCAUUCAAUGCUUCAGAGAGGAAAAAAAAUACUUAACGUGAGAUUGAUGUGUGAAAGAUAUAACGGAAGCGAAUCCUGUUUGUGAAUUUCGGAACAAAUUUGUUAGAAUAUGCAGUAUUUUUUUCAACAACUGGUGCCCCGGCAUUCGCUUCAGACAUUCACCGUGUCAAUCGCGAGUGUGCAUUUGUGUUAUGUUUGUGUGUUUCUCUGUGAGUUUGUGACUCAUGUCCUGUAUCAUCCCUUUACUGUCCUUGGCGUGUGUAUGUGAGUGUGUUUCUCUGUCUGUGAGUUUGUGACUCAUGUCCUGUAUCAUCCCUUUACUGUCCUUGACGUGUGUAUGUGAGUGUGUCUCUGUGAGUUUCUGACUCAUAUCUUGUAUUAUCCCCUUACUUUCCAUGACGCGUGUAUGUGAGUACUCGUUUACAUCCAUAUCAUAUGGCUCUAAUGUGAAUGUCCAUCCUGUUUUUGUCGUUGAGAUUUUAUCGAAGAGUUUUAUAGACCUGCUGGUCUUGAGUCCUGGUUUAUUUGCGAGAACUCGUUCAGAUAUUCUUGAAUUACUGCAAUGUUUGUGUGAUUUAUUUUUAGCCGGUAUAAUAAAAAUUUGAAGAAGAAAGAAAA